CCUGCUGAAUGAUGUCUGUUGAUAAUACAGAGGAAAACAAGAGUGGCCUGGCAACGACGCAGCCAACAGAAAGCACCGCAAACUACAUCAAAAUGAAGUUAGCUGAAUUUAGUGGAUGUGUGUCUGCGUACGAGCUGAGCGGUGAAACGGCGCCGGGAUGUGUCAGCAUGUGCGGGAUGUGUCCAUCGUGCGUCUUCGCCCCCAAACCACCCGGUUUCACUCAGCGUUUGUGGAAGGUUUCGGAUGAUGUCAAGAGGAGAUUUGUGGUGGAGCUGCUUUUACGUUGCACAAACGUACAAGUGCUCGAAAGCAUGCAGAGUGUCCUGAGCGUAACAUCAUGGACUUUGUUCACCUACGCCAGGUCGAGGCGCUCAGCUUCACUUCAAGAUUAUUCCUGCCGCAGCACAACCCGAGCGCUGGAUGGGAAACCACUUGGCAGCAAAGACAUGAAUGAGAUGUGGGACUGGUUCAGUAGCAGCCCCAACUGGAUAAAAUCGUGCUAUCUUUGCCGUGUUUUUUCACUCUGUGACACCGAACUUUUACGCAUGAUCUCUAACUUAAUCAACGUGCUUCUGGUCAGACAAAAACGAGGAUUUCUUCCAUUCAAGUUGACCAAUUACAAAACCAAUCAACUUGAUCCACACAAUGAUGAAGACUCAGAGGAUCCAGCCCUCAUGGUAGUCCCUGGAUCCUCAAAGUCUAUGUCUGGAGUCAACCUAUGCAUAGACUUCAUAGGCUGCCUACCUGUUGAUCUGUCAAAGAGGAUACUUGGUCUGUUAGGGGAGCACACUUUGAGACGCUGCCAGAAGGUUUGUCGAUGCUGGCAGUACCUUGCAAAGCAAACCCUGGAGGAAAUCAAGUUCAGGAGAAAUUUCCAGGACCAAAUAAAGGCAAUGAUGAUGAGGUUCAAAGGUAUUAAUAGAGUCAGUCCUACGUAUGCCAAUAUUCUGGAGGUCCCCAUACCCACAAAGGAUGAUGAGGAGGUGGAUAUACAUCCCAGUGUCCUAAAGAUGAAGCCAUUUGAAGCUGCUUAUGCCAAAAUCAAAACCAAAACAGUGCAAAUGGAAGAGCGAAACAUCUAUUGUGGUGCAUAUUUUGCCAAAGUGCUGUUGAACAUAGAAGAUCCUCACCGGGUGGUGGACUACAGAGGUGGAACACUGAUGGCCACGGGAUCCAAAGACCGUGCGGUGCAUCUAUUCUAUGUGGCAUCCAAAACAAAAGUUGUGUCAGUGAUGAAGGGCCAUGUUGCCAGCAUUCGAGCAGUGCUGCUCUGCGAAGACAGGGACCUGGUGAUUACUGCGAGCUGUGACACAAGCAUCAGGUGUUGGAAUUUGAAGACAGGCAGGUGUGAGAUGGUGCUGUAUGGCCACACUGGCACCAUCAGCUGCCUGGAUAUCCAUGCUGACACACUUGUCUCUGGAGCUAAAGACCGUACAGUGAAAGUGUGGAAUCUCCACACAGGGAAGCAUUUUGAGAAAUUUAAUUUCAAGCAUCCAAGCGGAAUCCGGUGUGUGAAGAUAAGCUCAACAACAGUCUAUAGCAGCUGUGAUCGGGGCCUUGUCAAAGUAUGGGACAUGGAGGAGGCAUCGCUCCUCAGGGUGAUCGAUGCCCACAAGAGCUCUGUGAAGUGCCUGUUCACUGACGAAUUGCACCUUCUAUCAGGGGACUUUAACGGUCAGGUCAUGGCCUGGAGCAUCAACAGUCAGGCUAAGGAGUGUCUUAUGACCUUCACCCACCCAAAGGAGGUCAAAUCUCUAGCCCUUGUCUACCUGCGUGUUGUUACUGGCUGUGCGGAUGGAAAAAUUCGUAUAUUUAAUUUCCUCACUGGAGACUGUUUGAGAGACAUCACAGCAGAGGCUGAAACAGGCCGAAUACUGUCCGUGCACUUUCACGACAACAGCAUAUUAGUGAACACAACCUCCAGUGUGAAGUUGUACCAGUUUGCCAAAGUGUUCUGGGACUAUACAGAUUCAAGGGAGGGAGGCCAGGAUAAUCUGUUGGCUCAGGGUGAUGCGGUUUCUGAGAAACCUGCAGCUUCACUCAGAAAGAUUCCCUUAACCUCAGUGGGAGCAGAUGCCACUGCACAGGAUGCUUUACCCAGUCAGAAGAUGCAUGACUGUGGCAGCAAGAAACCAGAGAGAGCUGAGCUGCUUCACCACACCCGCUCUAAAAGUCAAACACAAGUCAGAGAGCGAUGUGAGACAGCUAACCAUUCAGUGAUACUGAGUGAGAAGGCAACGUGUGAGCGGAUGAAAAAGAGAGGUCUUCAUCAUCCUCUGACACGCGACUUCAUCCUUCUCAGGGUCAAUACCAUCCAGAAGGCACAGUGCACGGACGAAGUCAGCAUCAACAUGGAGUGUAAUGCAAGGCUACGGGAUUCCUGGGGUCCUCACACACCUCAGGACCCUCUGCACUCUGUCCCAGUUAUGACGAGUGCAUCCAGUCAAAAUACGACAAACACAUUCAGCAGCAGAGAUGUCACAACUGCUCCUGACACUAUGAAGGGACAUCAUUCCUGUUCAUUUUCCAAGCAAGCACAGCCUCACGGUGCACACACAUACACAGUGAUUAAGAGAGUUGGUGCCUUCACCACAAGUGCCAAAGAAGUGCUGCAGGCUCCUGAGUGCAUGCUCAUGAGGUCACUACCUAAUCUCCAACACUGCAUGAAAACUCGCACCAGUUUGCCUAAGAUUAACUCAUUUGGACCCAUUCAGAGAGCAGAAAGGAUUCAGGCUGCUCACAGUGACCCAAGAUAGUGUCCAGGCUAAGAGGGUACUUAUGCAGAGCUGGGAACAAAACCAGUCCAACAGAGAUAAGAGGAACCCAUGAAGAAGGUCAUGUGUGUAUUGUUUGUUUUUAUGAUACAAUAAGCUCCAUUGCACUUUGAUUGUUUUUGACAUUUUGUUUAAUCUGAGCAACAUAUUUUUAAAUGUUCAUUAAAAUUCCACUAGGGGUCAGUGUUGCAUCAUCUGAUGGGGGCUGCACCAAGACAGAGAGUUACAGUAUUAGUGGAUUUGCAGUGUGCCUUAUUUUUCUGAAUCUGAACACAACUUGUACUUUGACAAUAUAUUUGCACAAAAAUGUUGUUUCUUUCUGUCUGUUUUUUUUGUGACGCUUAAGAUAUCUUGACUUACCAUUUAUAUAUUCAGGUCAUGUUAACAAUGGGAAGCAGAAGCACAAAAUGUAUUUUUUAUGCAGUGUCUUUUUUAGGUAGCAUUCUGCUGCAGUUUGACUGCAUCAGAACUUUAAAAAAAAGUAUUUUCUUAAUUUUGAACACUUCAUAAACAAAGCUUUU